AUGUUCAUAGCUAUGGAGCUAUUUAUUGGACCACAUCGUCACCAGCCGUUUGACACAGAUGGCACCAUUCCUUCCAACCAUCUACACAACUUUGAGCACUCAUUCAUUUCCCUGGCAUUUUUGGUCUAUGCUUCCUUUGCGAUACUACUAGACAAGUUUGGACCCAUAAUCCAAUACGAGUUGACUCAUUUGCUUGAAGGUAUUGCCUUUGGGCAACAACUCCUCCUCUUCCACUUCCACUCAGCUGAUCACAUGGGUGUCGAAGGACAGUACCAUAUGCUUCUACAAAUACUAAUUCUUAUCUCUUUCACCACAACCCUUAUGGGCAUUCGCUACCAGAAAAGCUUCUUACUUAGCUUCAUAAGAUCCAUUAGCGUAUUAUUCCAAGGUCUCUGGAUCAUUGUCAUGGGUUUCAUGCUUUGGACUAGAAGGUUGAUUCCUAAAGGUUGUUUCUUAAACCUGGAAGUGGGUCACCAUGUGGUCCGAUGCCAUGGAGAAGAAGCCUUAGAACGGGCCAAGUCUUUGGUGAAUUUUCAAUUUAGUUGGUAUUUAAUAUGUGUGACAGUCUUUGCCAUAUCGCUUUACUUGGCUAUGUACAAAAUCUAUGAGGAAAAAGUGGAAUACCAGUCGGUAACAACGUACGAUCUUGAAAAAGUACAUGAAGGUGUCGAGGCUCAAAGGAAACUCGGUGAAUCAAAGAGCUUUCUUGUAAUGGAGGAAUCUUUUUCUCCACUUGACAUUGAAUAG